AUGGCCGACGAUACAGCACCAAACGGUGCUCCGGUUCAGGAACCCCAGAUCAGGGAUCCUGCUACAGUGUCAAACCGGAGCAACACAGCGGAGAAAGGCUAUCCGGAGCGUGUCGACGAUUCAGGCAAUGACGGUACGACUGCUGCGUCCCUGGAAGCGAGUAAUGGUCCGCCGGAUGACAGAAAACCCCCAGUCGUCGUCGCUGCUAUCGAUCCCGCCUCAUUCCCCGAUGGCGGCACACAGGCCUGGUUGGCCGUCCUGGGCUGCUGGUGCACCAUGUUUGCGUCUUUCGGUUGGAUUCAGUCCGCUGGCGUGUUCCAGGCAUACUAUGAGCUGAAUGAGCUGUCCGACUACAGUCACAGCGAAAUAGCGUGGAUCACAUCGCUCGAAGCUUUCUGCCUGUUUGCCGGCGGUAUUUUCGUUGGUCCCAUUCACGAUGCAAGAGGGCCACGCUGGUUGCUAGUUGGAGGUACCUUUAUGCACGUCUUUGGCCUCAUGAUGGCGUCUCUCUCGACCAAGUACUAUCAGAUUCUCCUGUCACAAGGCUUGUGCUCCGCGAUAGGUACGGCAAUGCUGUUCUACCCUUCCUUAGCAUGCGUCGUCAGCUGGUUCCAUCGCAAGCGAGGGACUGCCAUAGGCAUAGCAGCAACGGGCUCUGGAGUUGGAGGCAUCAUCUUUCCUACCAUCGUUCGCCAGAUGAUUCCGGAUGUUGGUUUCCCGUGGACAAUGCGCACCUGCGCGUUUUUGAAUCUGGCAAUGGGCAUAACCGCCUGUCUGGCAUGCAGCUCCCGCCUUCCGCCUACGCCGAAGAAAUCAUCCAAAGAGGACGUUGUCAUGUCGUUCAAAGACUUGAUAUAUGUACAGGUGAUAGUUAGUGGAGUGCUUACGUUUCUCGCAAUGUGGAUUGCGUAUACGUUCAUCGUCACGACUGCCAUCGACAGAGGGGUUGACGCCAAUUGGGCCUUUUAUCUGGUGCCAAUCAUGAAUGCCGGAAGUGUGUUUGGACGGCUUGUCCCUGGGGUGCUCGCGGACAAGACUGGAUCCAUCACCAUGUACUGCAUUAUUGCUGCAUUCACAGCGCUGAUCGCCACAUGCCUCUGGAUACCAGUAGCAGGCCAAGCGGGAAUGAUUGUGUUUGCGCUUCUGUUUGGUUUCGGUUCCGGUGGCACCAACACGCUGGCGCCGAUGGUGCUUGCGGACAUCAGCGAUGUGAGGAUGAUUGGCCUCCGGACAGGGCUAUGUUACACCUUCACAGGUAUUAGCUGCCUGUGGGGGAGUCCGGCAGGAGGAGCACUCAUAUCUGCCGGCGGCUAUAGGGCCAUGCAAGGAUUUGCAGGAGGAAUAGCCAUUGUGGCUUCGCUGGUGGCAUUCGGUGUGAGAUAUCAGCUAGCUGGGUUUGACUGGAGAAAAAAGGCUUGA